GCUAUCCAGUCUACCAGUGUUCCUGAUGUCAUUCUAUCUUCUCCCUAAACAGGUAAUCUAUGAACUUGAUAAAAUUAGAAGGAAAUUCUUGUGGGGAGGGGUUGAGGAAGGUAGAAAGAUUGCAUGGGUGUCUUGGGAUAGGGUAUGCUGUAGUAAAAAAGAGGGAGGCUUGGGGAUCAAAAAUUUGAGAUGGUUUAAUAUGGCAUUGCUUGGCAAAUGGUGGGCGAGACUAGCAGUAGAGGGAGACAAGGGUUUAUGGUCUAGGGUACUUCUAGAAAAGUAUGGUGGCAAGGAAGGAAAUUGGUUGUCAUGGUUGAGAGAGGGUCGGGGCUUAGGAUCUUCUUGGUGGAAUGAUGUUUGUAAAUUGAAUAGAGGCUUAGAUGGAAAGGAUGAGUGGCUGUUUUCAAAUUUUAAGUUGAAUUUGGGUGAUGGGAAAAGUGUUAGGUUUUGGAAUGAUGCAUGGGCGGGGGGGGACACUUUAGCUAAUAUUUUCCCCAGACUUUUCUUGUUGGCUACAGAAAAAAAUUGCAGCAUCUACGAUAUGGGACAUUGGGUAGAUGGGUGCUGGUUUUGGAGGUUCCAAUGGAGAAGAAGACUUCGAGCCUGGGAAGAGGACAAAUUGAAACAACUAACCGAGGCUAUACAACACAUAAAGCCAACGCAGGACAAGAAGGACAAUUGGAGUUGGAGGCUACAUGGUGAGGGAAAAUAUACCACAAGAUCUGCCUACGAGCAACUUGUAAAGAAAGAGGAUAACAGGCUAAUGGAGUACAGAAAACUGCGGAGUGCACAAGUUCCAUCAAAAGUUUGUCCAAUAUGGAAGCUUGCUGCCAAACUCUUCUCCUUCUCUGAAACCAGAUUUGCUUCACCCUUUUAUUUAUUUAUUUUUUUUUUUGGGCUGCUUGGCGAUGACGAUGAUGAUGGUGGUGAUGGUGAUGGAAAACAGAGGGAUCUAUGGUUCUAUCCCUCUCCUUCUAUUUCGAUGGUGAUUGAGGAUGGUGAUGGAGGUGGAGGUUGUGAUGAUGAUGAGAUGCAAGGAGAUGGUCUAGAUCUACAAAAGGGAGAUGAAUCGAGAGAGAAGAAAAGGUGGGUUCUCGGAGAACCUAGACCGAGAGAGAGAGAGAAAAAAAAAGGGGGGGUCUGGGUUCUCCAAGAGAACCUAGAUUGGGUUCUCCGAGAAGAACCCAGAUUGGGCUCUCCUGGAGAACCUAGACCUGGGUUCUCUUAAGAACUCGAAAGAAAAAAAAAAAAAAAGAAAUGGUAAAUUUGUAAUUUUACUUUUAAAAUUAUUUGGUUAUGUGAAGUGUGCACUCCCGGAUGUUGAACCGGGAUGUACAUGAAUCAUGGUUCAUAUAUUUAAUAUUAUUUUUGAGAAAUUUACUAACAAAGCUUUUAUCGAGAG